CUUAAGUCAAAUCAUUAUUGUGAUCAAACAAACCAGUUUCAAGUGAAACCGAAAACAAGCAAAUGGGCAAGAAAAAUACAGAGGAUAGUAGUCGUAAAAGAUCAUCAACCAAACGCAGUACUACUAAGAGUAAUUCUAUUAAUUCUCCUUCAACAAGUGGUAGUAGUAAAAACAGAAAAUUCAAGAAACGCCGCGAAUCACUGCACAAAAUCAAUGAGGUUGAAGAAAAUAUAGCAGUUGAUGUGGAGAAGGAGGAGCAGAAGAAGAAGAAGAAGAUGAAGAAGAAGGAGAACUGUCAUCAAUGUCAUAUUAGAAAAGAGAAUGUGGUUCACUGCAAUAAAUGUCAUAUCAAGAAGUAUUGCAUCCCUUGUAUCACUAAAUGGUACCCCAAUUUCUCGAAGGAGGAGUUUACUGAGGCUUGCCCUGCUUGUUGUAAUAUAUGUAAUUGCAGAGCAUGCUUACGUGCAUUUUCACCGAAAGAUUUGCAGGGAUAUUUUUGUUCUGAACCUGAUAAACUUCGAUACUCCAAACAUAUGCUACAAAAGAUUUUCCAUCUGGUGACAUAUCUAGAUGAAGAGCAACUAAUGGAGAAGGAAAUAGAUGCUAAAGUUAAAGGGUUGCAUCGAUCAGAACUACAAUUGCAGGAAGCUGAGUGUGAUGUGGAUGAUGAGAUAAGUUGCGACAAUUGUGGAACAUAUAUCUUUGACCUUUACAGAUGUUGUACAUGUGGCUAUGAGCUAUGCCUUGCAUGUAGCCGGGAGUUACGUGGUGGUCAUCUUCAAGGAGGUAAGGGUCUAACUUGUGGAUGGAAAGCCCACAAAGAUGGUAGCAUUCCGUGUCCGCCAAAAGAUGCCGGUGGUUGUGAUGAUGGCAUUCUUGAGUUGAAACGCAUAAUGCCUGCUGGUUGGCUUUCAAACAUGCUAGAGAAGGCACAAAAAUUAUACAAAAUCAAUGGAAGUCAUGCAAUUCCCCAAACUUCUAUAGAAUGUUGCGCGUGUUAUGAUAACAGAAAUGAAACCACUUUUGAAAAAUGUAAUGCAAGGCAUAUGAUUUUUCUAAAUGCUAAAGACAUUCAACCUCAAGAUUCGCAGCAUUUCCAAUUGCAUUGGGCGAAAGGUGAACCCAUAAUAGUUAGUGACGUGCUUCAAACCACUUCAGGGCUAAGCUGGGAGCCGAUGGUUAUGUGGCGUGCUUUUCGUGAUAUCACAAAAACUAGAAAUGAUUCCCAUGCCAACGAAUUGAAGGCAAUCAAUUUCUUGGAUUGGAGUGAGGUUCCUAUUGAUCUUUACCAAUUCUUUAGGGGAUACUCGGAAGGUCUGAUUAUUCAGAAAGGGUGCCCCCUGAUUUUGAAGUUGGAAGAUUGGCAACCCGCUUGGUUAUCUCAAGGGGAAUGGAUGCGCCAUUUUGUUGAAAUUGUUAGAUACUUGCCUCUUAAAGAUUACACUGAUCCUAACAGUGGCUACCUCAAUGUUGCUACAAAGUUGCCUGAUCUAUCCUUGAAACCAGAAUUGGGCCCAAGGAUGGAUAUAGCUUAUGCAGACUCUGUUACAAAGCUUCAUUAUAAUAAGUCUGAUACUGUGAAUGUAUUGACACACACAGAAUCUGGGCCAACAUCCCCUAACCUCAACAAGCCUAGAUUGGGGAAACGAAAACAUGGUGACCAGGAUGAAGCAAGUCUUCAAACAAACGACGAUCAACAACAUGUGGCUGACCCAAUGGAGGGAGGUGCUUUAUGGGACAUAUUUCAGAAGCAAGAUAUAUCCAAAUUGGAGGAAUAUCUCAGGAAUCACUCAGCAGAGUUUAGUCUGGAUGGUUGUCACUCAGCUGGGCAGGUUGUUCACCCUAUACAUGACCAGACUUUUUAUCUGAACAUGGAACAUAAAGGAAAGCUCAAAGAGAAAUUUGGGAUUGAACCGUGGACCUUCAAACAAAAACUGGGUGAUGCAGUUUUUAUACCAGCUGGUUGCCCUUAUCAAGUUAAAAACUUGAAGUCAUGUAUGAAGGUUGAACUCAACUUUUUAUCACCUGAAAGUCUUGGCGAAUGUAUCCGCUUACAAAACGAAAUUCGUAUGCUUCCCAACAGUCACAGGGGCAAAAGCCAAAAGCUAAAUAUUGGGAAAAUGAUGAUUUAUGCCUUAGACCACGCAGUGGCAUAUUUGUCUGGAGUUGUAAAUUCGACUGGGCCCGUUGAUGAUCUUCAAACUCAGUUCGUCGAAGUCCCCGAGAUCUUAAAUGUAAGCAAUGAUAUGAACAUUGGCAGUCACACCAAUGGUUGGGUGUGUGACACCGAGAGUGAUAAUGAUUCCCAGGAGACCAACAGGGUAGCUUUAUCACCAUUGGGUCCAAGUACAAGUGUAAGACGUUCCUCAGCUGUUGAAGUCGACCAUACAGUAAAUCAUCAGCAUGAUGUCAUUGAAGAUUCUGGUAUUUAUCGUGAAACUACAGGAUCGUGGCGGGGGAACGAUGUUGGACUGGAGGUGAAAGAGUUGCUGCAGGCUGUGGAGCAUCACUACCCCAACACAUUUCAAGGGGUCCAAAUUCGUCCUAAACCAUAUUGGCAGUCCAUUUUGAAAGGGCUGCAUGUUGCCAUCAAAGGUUUUCUGGAGGCUUCAGUGGAUGCACUAGCGGAAGUGCAGAUAUGUAGCCUUCACGAUGAUUUGAACGAUUUCGAGGCUUUAGGAUUUGAUCUUUCAUGGGCACGCAAUAGGCUAGACAUGGUUAAGAAGCUCAAAUUUGGAAACGACUCUUUGAGACUAGAGCUCGUGGCCUCAAAAGAAUCUUUAGAAACGCUCAAAGGACGGUUAGAUAAAGCUCAAGAGGCGUUGAAGAAAGCUUGGGUAGAUUAUGAUAGUGCUAAAGAUACUCGAAAGAAGACGUUACAGGAGGUGGCUGUUAAGUUAGGAGCUGAAUAUGAUGAUGUCUUUAAAGGCAAUCUUGGUUUUGGUAUGUUGCCUGGGUACUAGCUAAAUCUGUAUCAGUAAGUAAAGAGUCGGGGGUUUUUGUGUGCUUUUGGGACCGAUUUCUUCAUACAUAGUAGUGGUUUGAUGUAAUUAUGUAAAAAUAAAUAAAACAAGGAAAUCUCAGGUUCACUUUUCAGACAUGAAAACUAAACUUAUUGUUUACAUUUUGUAUUGUAUAUUAAAUAUUGUUUUCCAA